AGUAGUGGGUCACUUUUUUUUUAUUUGGGUAAAGGUUCUUUCCAAAGUAGGUGGGUGGAGUCGAUUUCCUGUAAGGGCUACUUUUAAAUUAUCGUCUGCGCCAAAGAGACGGUAGCCCCUUUGUGAUAAAGUCAACAAUUUGCGGCAUAAUUUCCAAAUGGCUGCUCCGUAGAAAACUUUUAAAGUGUUUUAAAAUUAUUUUCCUCAGAAAGUGAGGUAGAGGAGGUACACUGUUGUUGUAAACCUUGCGUGACAACUUGUGGACGUUUGGUGAACUUUAUGUGAGUUGUGAUGAAUUCAUCGAUUUGCUGAUUUCGAUCUAGUAUAAAGAUUUUUCGCCAAAGGAAGUAGAGGACCAAAAUAUGCAACAUGUGGUCUAGAGUCCUCUCCCUCCUCCUUUUGUUGACACCCUUGACAGCAGCAUCUGAAGACAAUAAGCCUCCGUCUCCCACCUGUGGGGAUGAAUCAUUGGCGCCCAUCUCACAGCCUGUGGCCCACCGCAAAGCAGGUGGGGAUAGGCCAGUGCACGUGAUAGGCCUCUUCGAUGUCCAUGAAGGGGAUAAUUGCCAGCUGCUGAGGCGUGGCGGAAUGGAACAAGUGAUGAUGACUAUAGGGGUCUUGGAAAACCAAUUGAUGGCAUUAGAAGCGAAUGGAACUGAUAUAGGAUUCGAUAUCUACGAUACCUGUAGUAACCCAUCGAGUUCUUUGAUUCAUUUAGUGGAUGCUCUAAGGAAAGUGGAGGAAGGCAAAACAGACUGUGCAGCGUCACCUUAUUUAGGUGUCAUUGGGCCCAUGAAUCCGAGAAUCCAAGUGGAUAUGGAGCGAUUUCUGAAAAAGUCGAAAAUAUCUUACUUCCCACUCGAAUUAACAUCUUUGCGUGACGAAAUCGAGGCGCUUUCUACAGUCCUUCUGGAUCUGAAGUGGCUCUCGGUUGCUGUGUUUUCUGCAACUAAAACCUUGGAAGACGAAUUCCGAGUAGAAGCAGACAAGCGGAACAUCUGCAUUGCAUUUUCCGUUGUUCUAACAGCAGAUGAAAGAUUAGACACUUUGUUGCGAAUGAAGUUCCAAGACAUAUCAGCUACGGGAAUCCAAGUGGCCGUAGUUCUCGGAUCCCACAUCGACUUACGAAAACUAUACGAAAUUUCAGUCCUGUCUAACAGUUCGAUCCGAUAUUGGCUUAUGGCUGGUCUAGACACCAAAGACUCGACGCUGAGCGUUCUUUUCGGGUCAGACCAUCCAGGCAUCUUGUUCAGGAAGCCAGUCGGAAGAAUUCCGAGCAUCGACCAAGGAACUGUGGAAGCUUAUGAAUUUGGAGGAAAAAUCAACCGUCUCAAUCUAGUCCAGAGUUACAUCGACUAUAUUAAUGGAUGCAUCAACAACUCGAGCGGAAGCGAUAUCAAUGAGAUACAGUGCCAAAACCAUCAUUUCAGGACACAAAAUCCCCAGUGGAGUGUCAUCGAAGAGACUGUCAGUAAAUUGUUGGAUGACGUAAGAAAAAAUGGAUAUUUAGGCAAUGUCACAGUGAUCAAUAAGACAGCUGAAAUAAGUAAUGAAGAAAACAGGACAAUAGACGAGAUCGAAAUAUGGACUUACCAACAUGCUAUGGGAAAAUUUUCAAGACCGAAAGAAUUGCAGGUUGGACAUUACGAGAACGGUCGGUUAAUAUGGGAUAAGAAAUUAUUAAACGUCUUCCGCUUCACUGGUUCCGGAUGGUUCAAGAUACCAGAGUUCCUUUGCCAUCGAGACUGUCAUGAGAUAUGCGAAAACUUUGCAAACAUAAAGGUGAAGUCAGAUUUGGACAGCUUACUAAACAGCAUUUAUCACUGGAGAUACGAUAGCUGGGUCACAAUUUUGUUGACUAUAUCGGGAGUUGGCACAAUCAUUGCUUUAUUCACUACUGGCUACCUGAUCACAAAAUCCUGCAAGGAUGAUUUCGAAGAAGGAAAUCAAGUCACAAACGUAAUCGUAUUGAUUGCCAUCAUAGUUUCUUAUUGCUGCACAGCACUAUUUAUUCUACACAACGAUACCACAACCUGCUCUAGAAGAAUCGCAGUAGUUGGAAUUGCCUAUGCUAGUAUGUUGGCACCUAUAAUUUCCCGUUGUUUCCUCAUAAUUGCUGCCGAAAUGGAUGGUAUUCACAGUCAUGUGAGCGGAUUCUUGCAGUCGAUGCUGUCUACCUUCAUUUUUGCUGUUCAAGUGGCAAUGGCGUCUUAUUAUUGGAUAAUGAGCUCAGAAACCAAGCGUUCAAGAUCAAAAUGUGUCAUCCACACCAAGAUGACCAUUAGCUAUCUAUCGUAUGCUAUGUUUCUAUGCUUUGUUUGGCUAAUUAUUUCACCUUUCUGUAUCCGUAGUCGUAGAAACAACAAGGAAGGCCUUCUCCUGCAUUUCGGAAGUAUUGCUUCAUCUUUGGUAUGGCUGGUCUGGUACCUUCUAUAUUUUCUGUUACCACCACGUUGGAAUGAAUUCGUUAUCUGCUUUGGUCUUGUAGCGACGGCUACCGUAAUUCUCGUUGUGGUUUUCCUGCCCAAAAUUUAUCGCAUGAUCGUAUCAGCUGCUGCCAGGGAGCAUGGCCAGGUGAGCAUGCAGCCAGUGAUAUUCGCCUCCGCCUCAUCGAGAAGUCCGAAUCUGUCAAUCUACGAAAGCAUCAAUCACGGUUACAAUCCGGACAAAGACGGGUACAUCGUAGAUGUUUUCCGGGAUGAAGAAGAAUCUCCACGUCCCAGAAAAAUGACCCAUUUGUAGGUCACUCUUGGAGGAAUGGAAGGCUCCUAGGCCAAAACGAUCAAGAAAGAAUGGCUUAAAUUCAUUUUUCAAAGUUCAGAUCUAAGUCAGACAAUGGUGAAUAUCAAAGUUCGUAAGAUUGUUAUCCUUUUUCUCCUUGUAUACAUUUUUACGGCUUUAUUCUUUAUUUUAAAGGUUAGAAAUAUGAGGAUAUUAUUUGAUAAUGAGACAGCAAAUUUGCCUCCUCGUUUCGUUAACACACAUUUAUAGAUUUUUAGAGGGCUGAAAAUGCCCUUCAUUUCAAAUUCUGUCUUAAGCAAUGUUUUUUGUGCCAGCAUAACAUCCAUUAUGCAAAUAAUAUGGUAUUUUUACCCUUUUAAAUAUGGCUUAUUAUGUGCAAAAUCACCUUUUGAAACGAUGAACUGACAUUUUAAAAUCGUGAAUGAAAUUUCAUUUGUGAAAUGAAAAAAAUUAUGACACAUCCAUAAAAAAACAUAAUUUUAUAUUAAAAGUAUUUGAAAUUAAUAUGCAAAACAUAGACACUGAUUUCAAAGAAAAAAAUUCGAACGAAAUGAAAAAAAAAAAAAAAAAAAAAAGACAAGAAGUUCUAUAUAAAACUCAACUUUCCUUCAAGAAAGAAUCGUAAUUAAGAUAAGCUUUGAUUGUUCAGUUUUAUUGGUUAUUCGCGAUUACUUUAACGGAAAAGAAAGAAGAAAUCUGUGCAAAAUGGAAACAUUUUUUUUUUUUUUUUUGUAAUUUGUUAGACAAUACAGACGUAUCUUGACAAAUAUCAACCAAAAAAAAAAAGAAGAAGAAGAAAGAAAAAGAAUGAAAUAGUUUAUCGUUUCUAAAUGAUGUACACAUCAGCGAAACCAGCAUAAAACUUACGAAUCCGAGUAAUUUAAGUAUUCGUAGUUGUUCUGAUUAUCAGAAUAUUUAAACUUGAUUCUUUUGGACUGAUAGAAAUCAGCUAGUUUCGUUUCUCAUUGGCAAGAAUAAUUUAUAUGAAUUUUGAAAAAUUCAACACAAUAGUGGAGUUUAAUUAUUAAUUACAGAGCUUCUGAAACUAAAAUGUGGCAACAUUUCUCUCAGAACAGUGAUGUUCCAAUAAAAUAAAUAAUUAAAAGAAAAAAAAAAGUGAAAAGUGAAAAAAGUGAUAUCAACUACUUAGAAUAUUUUUUAAAAGAUAUUAUAUAAUCAACAUUCAUUUAGCUAACAACUGACAAAAAAAUUAUCUAGAAUAAUUUUUCUCGAAAACUAUGAAAGCAGAAAUCAAAAUGUUCCCUUAAAACAAGAGUUCCAGUGCUUUAUUGCGAUUUUACAUUUUGUAUUAUCGAAUAAUAACAGCAUAUUUGAUCCUUCUAUUGUCUCAUAAACAUUUUUAUCAAAAUUCUAUAAAUAAUGGAAUAGAGAAUUACAAUGAAAAAAAAUAUAUAAGAUUUAGCGGGAAAAAAACUGUAAACUACUGAAAUGCUGUUCUUUACAAGAUAUGUGCAUUUGAAGAGCUCCUGCAAUAGCUUUUAACAAGCUCACAACUAAAAUUUGUCAUCAAUUUAAAAAAAAAAAUUAAACAAAAAAACUUUAUAAAGAAAGAUUGUAAUACUCCAGCCAAGAAACAUUAAUCAGACUUUAUAAUAGAAAAAAAAAUCUGCUACAUGAAAUUCAAAUAGUGACGAAUAAACAUUUAAACAGAGUUAUUGGAAUUCUUAGAUGCACAAAUAGAUUCUUUAUGUUUGGCUUGUGUUUUAUAGUAAAAAGACAUGUAUUUGAUCAUAUUGAGCAAACAUAAAUUUCUAUACAAUUUCCCUAUUAGUUCGAAAUGUCCAUAUUGUUACGAUAUCCUCACAAUAUUGUUUGCCAUUCAGAAUAUCAAAAAACAUCGUGAAGAUAUCGGAGAGUAUCUUGUGCUAAUAGGACUGAUUAACCUAAAUCGCAGUUUGAAUUUAUACUUUUUUCAAAAUGUUUCUACGGAAAUUUUUUAAUACAAUUUACGCAUUAAACUUCAUAUUGGAAAGAUGAGUUUCUUAGGAAAAUAAACUGAAGAAAAUUAAAAAUUAUUUUUGAACAUGUAGUCUUUAAGAUGAAAUGGACUUUGUGCAUCAUCAUAAAUAAACUGCCCGUUUUAUUUGAUUUUGAUUACAAUGAAACUUAAAAAAAAGAAAGAAGUAAAACGUGUAUUUACAUAAAAAUAAUUCAACUGAUUGCUUCAUCAAUAAAAAAUCAUUUGUUUUAUAAAAAAAAAAAUGCGAAUCUACUUCCGAUUCUGAAAUAUGAACUCUAGAACUGAAAUGUGACACUUUGCAUGAAUGAAAUGGAAAAUAACUUUAAAUCUCUCGGACUACAGAACUAAUCAUUACGAGGUAAAAAUCAAUUUGUCGUUUAAAGGACCAUGUAAGUUCCUUAAAGUAUUUAAGAAAAUCAAGGGCCCAAUGCUUUCACCGAAUUUUUCAUCGUUGAUCUAGUUUUCUUAAGUGUUCUGGGAAAUCGAACACUUUUUCACAGUUGUGCUACUUUUAAAAAAAAGCUGUUGACUCUUAAAUGGAUUCGUGCAAAAUACAAGUGAACAGAUCAGUAAGGUGAGACUCAGAGGAACUGUUGGUAUUUUAAAGAAGUGUUGUUAUUAUUAUGUGAAAAAUGUGAAGUUAUGAAAUGUUUAUUAAAAUCAAAAUCCGUCCAUGAA